AUUUAUCGGUGUCCAAGGCUCUUGAUAUCGUAGUAGAUAAAUUAAUUACAGAACAGUUCUCGUUUCCUCAACCAGAAGAAUUACCAAUUGUGCGAAAAAGGUGAUUUAAUUGUGGAAGUCUUGAGAUGAAUCACGGUAGAUCUGAGAAGAAACCUAAAGGGAAAUGCUUGUCUGACCUAGUGUCCCCACACUUGCUUGUGUGCGUUGUGUUAGCUGCGACGUGCGCUGCUUUGGUGGUUGUCAUUCUUCAGAUGGAUCGUCGUAUUGCUACGUUCAACCACACUUUGGAGGAACUGCGUCGAGAAGGCAAACAAGCCUCUACUGCUAACAUCUCUGCAACGGUGUCUUCUGCAUUGGGCACUAGAGCAAAGAGGGCAAUUUCAAACACAACUCCCGGUCAGAAAUCAGACAUUGAAAAGCGAGUGAAGGCUGUGGAAGAAAGGCGAGUUAAAUGAAAUCAGAUUAUAAUCAUCAGUUUUAAGACGCUCCCUAAUCUCAGUAUUAGAUUUCAGUCAGUUUCCGUUAUUAAAGAAUAGCUCGGACAUGAGGAUGGGUUCUUAGUGGUAUGGCUAUUUUGCUGUUGUUAGACGUGCGCGUGAACGGUCAGUGUGUCUCAAUUUUUGGCAAAAUAGACUCGAGAAUGAAUGGAUGUAGUCAAUAAGCAUUGUAGUGAAUUUAUAAAGACGAAGGUGAAAUACAAGCUAGGGAAGAAAAAAAAUUAAACUAAAACGCUGGUUCCCCAAAGUUUUCUGUCGAAAUGAUGUUAACAGUUAGCCUUUCAUGACCGCCCAUACUCCAAUUAGUAAUAAUGAAAAAUUGCUCUGUGCGUAGAAUCGUCAUAGCUUGCGACGGCAAGCUCUUGAGGUGCUACUAAGCUACUAGAAUUAAAAUCCUGCCAGAAAUGCACGUUAAUGCAAGUAAACUGUUUUUGGCAAGGAGCUCUUGCUAGUAAAAGUAGCAACAACAAAAUUUAUACAAGAAAAACACUAUGUAUGCCCCAGGAAAAACAUCAAUGCGAGUUGAUAGUAACUGCAAAAACGUCCACUAAAACUCAGCAAAAAAAGGCUUUUUUGUGACCAAUUUGAAACUUUGUAACAGUUUUGUAGAAGUUCUAUCUUUCAGUUUAGAAUGGAACAACUGCGACACGAAGUUUUAUAAAGACGCAAAACUUACAGAACUUCACCAAAAACGCAAAAACAAUAACCGCUCAAAAAACGAAAUUCGAAAAACCCGCAGAGAUCAAAAGCAAAACCGAAAUUGAUUAAAACCACAAAACCGUAAACCUAGCAACUCAGUUAAAGUUAGGUCAUAAUUCUUUCUUCUUUUCUUUCAGGCUCGGAGCGCUAAUAAACAAGUCGGAUUUUUUUGCCAGCAGAUUGAUGGUUCAAAAGCGCUAUUCCUACAUAACUCGAGGUAUUGUAAUUCACAUGUAACGUAAAAAAUCGGGAUUCUUUCUAGUCCUUUCUUUGAGGGCCUUAAUGCGUAAAAUGGUAACUGGGAUAUGAUCAUUUCCUUGAGACUUGAUUCAAUACUAUCUUGCGUUAGUUAUUCCACGCAUGUAAAUAACUUCACUUCAAAUUUUGAUUCAUUACAGGGCGGGACGGCCGCGAUGGAAAGGAUGGUCCCACAGGUCCACCAGGAUUACCAGGCAAGCCCGGAUUGCCUGGUGUUGGGUCUCCUGGGAAAGCUGGGCCUCCUGGUAAGGACGGUCCACCUGGCAAAUCUGGGGCAAAAGGUACUCAACUUUGAUAAUUUUUCCUUCUUUAACAGCGAGAAACUGAGCAUAAACUGAUUUGGUACUUUUUCUGGAAGGAUCCUUCAACCGUGUAUUUCUGACCUCUCACAGGAGAUGCUGGUAAGCCGGGCGUUAACAGGACGUUUUCAGGCCCUCCUGGUCCCAAAGGAGAGAGUGUUAAAUAAUUUAACUUUGGAUUUCCCUUCAUUACAGGACGGGACGGCCGCGAUGGAUUACCUGGAAAACCAGGAAUACCAGGAAACCCCGGAGUACCUGGUGUUGGGUCCCCUGGGAAAGCUGGGCCCCCUGGUAAGGAAGGUCCACCUGGCAAAUCUGGGGCAAAAGGUAUUCUACUCUAAUUAACUUUGCUUCUUUAACAGAGAGAAAAUGAGAAAAAAAGAAAUGUUAUCUUCAUAGUGUCUAUCGAGAUCGAGCUAUUAGCCGUACUUGACAUUUUCCAAAAAAAUUUCAACGUUGCACUUCUUACCACUCAAAGGAGAUGCUGGUAAGCCGGGCGUUAACAGACCUUUUCCAGGCCCUCCUGGUCCCAAAGGAGAGAGAGGUUCUGCUGGAAGUCCUGGCUUGAAAGGGCCUCAAGGAACCAAAGGCGAAAAGGGAAAGGAAGGAGCUGGGAAGUCUGGAGCUAAAUAUGUUCGCUGGGGAAGGACCACCUGUCCAGGAGGUGCUGAGGUAGUUUACAAAGGUUCGUCAACACAAGCACUUUAUGUAAAUCAACACUGUAUUCUCUGAAGCACAGAGUUUUAGGUACUGGUUUAAUAAAGCAGCGCUAAGUUAUUUCCCUUUUUUCCCCUUAAAGUUAGUGACAGAGACCAUUACUGUGACAUUUUAAGUUUGCAGAAACAGUAUUCCACUAGAAAAACUGGACCUUUCACAGGGAUAAUAUAAUGCCUAUAAUUUGUUACUCUGUAGUCUUUUUAUAAAGGUGCAAAUCUUCCCCUCUUUCACUCCAAAUGCCCGAUAAAUUUGUGACAUCAUGAACAUUUAUUUAUUUAUUGAUCGCAGAUUGAAGAGAAGUUUCAAUAAUAAUUACGUUUUAUCUGAUAGAGGUUUAUUAGUGUGACAGUUUGAGUGCAGUAAAUGCAGUAAAUAAUUUGUUUUCGACAACUCGGACCCACAUGUGAUAUGCAGUUUGUUAUGACGAUAUUUUGUUCUUCGGUACUGACAGUCACCAAGACUAAGGGGAAAUUUGUGGCGAGGUCAUUUGAGAGUGGAGUGAUGUUCCCCUAUAAGCCUGUUAAAGUCAGUGUAGUUUAUCAUCCUCAGGUUUGAUGGGAGGUAACUCUCACCAUCACCAAGGUAGUGGUCACUGCAAACAGAUGAUAAGAGUUUUAGCAAUUACCUUUUACCUCAGAGAUUUAUUAACGUUACAGUUCGCAGGCGCGGAUCUAGGAAAAAUACUGACCUAUUUCCUAAACUGAACGAGCGCCGAAGGCCCAAGCUUUCAGCGAAAUCCUGGGGAAUGCUCUCCCUGGAAAUUUUUUAGAUUUUAACUUAACUCCCUUAAGUCCCUUUUCUUGGGUUUCUGAGUCAUUCAGACAGGAUAUUAGCCAGUUUCAUUUGCCUUGGAUGAAGCAUUGCAACUUGAAAAGCUUUUUCUUAUUAAAAAUAUAUUAUGAAAACUCUGACCGAUUUCCGUAAAACGGUGGAAACCGGUGUGGAUCCGCACCUGGUUCGAGUGCAGUAAAUCCAGUUUGUCGAAACAAUAGUUUGCUCUAUUGUGCUGUCAGUCACUAAGAAAGUGAAAUUUGUUGUGCGUACACUUUAUAGGAGAGUGAUGCACCUUUGUAAACUUGUAGUUUGUUAUCCUCAGGUUUAAUUGGAGGUGAACGGUGCAAUCACCCAGGCGGUGGAGUAAACUACCUUUGUCUUCCACACAAUCCAAAAUACGACAGGUAUAACGAUGGCAAUCAGUACUCAGGAUAUGUUUACGGUGCUGAAUAUGAGGUCAGUUCCUACAGUGGGUAUCCUUUCAGACGAAAUCUCCAUAACCAUGAGGCGCCUUGCGUUGUCUGCUAUGUCAAAUCACGUGGUUCAUUGCUGAUGAUGCCUGCACGGAAUGACUGUCCAUCUGGAUGGACCGAGGAGUAUCAUGGGUACCUGAUGACCGCGUAUUACAGCCACGGGAACCAAAAAGACUUCGUCUGUGUUGACAAAGACCCAGAGUAUGUUCCGGGGACUAAUGGGAACAAGGAUGGUGCCUUGCUAUACUUCGUGCAAGGGGGCUGUGGCUCACUUCCGUGCCCUCCAUAUGUUCUGCAUCGAGAGCUGACAUGUGCUGUUUGCACCAAGUAAUAAAACAUUUCUCGUCAAUCUCAGAGAAUCAGCUUGUAAUCAUGCCUUAAAUUAAAAAAUAAAAAUGGAGAAG